AUGACGAACAUACUACUCGAUCCUCUAAAUAAACUCGGCGCACUAUCUCAGGUUCUCUUCCAGUCUUUAUCUCCUCCGCAGACGAAACCACCGAACCCGCCGCCUCUGAACGCUUUCUCGGACUGCGAUGCUGCGUUGGCUGCUGCAUUGGAACUCGCGCGCACACAUCAGGUCAAGCAAAGGAAGAUAGAGACACUCAAGGACGAGGUUGUCGAGCUUGAGAUGAAGUGGCGAGAAGUGUUGGAGAAGUUGGAGACUGGACGCCGAGAGCUGGAGGUGAUUGUGGAUGAGGGCCAGGAGCGUAUCAAGACUAUCGAGCGAGCUAAAGAAGCUGCCGUACCGUACCCGGAUCUACUAUCAUACGCUCAACAGAUAUCCUCAUUCACGUCUGCGCCACCCAAUCUGCCCAAGACCGAGCAACCCAGCAUGUUGCACCAACUCAGGUUCCGUCCGCCCUUCCCCAACGAGGCCGAUAUGCAAAGAGGUCAUCUAUACAACGAAGCACCACUUGGGCCGUUGGGCGAAACGCAUCCUGUUGCACAACAACCCCGAGAACCAACGCCACCCCCUGCCGAACGCGAUGGUCGGCGUGGACGGGCUGCAGAUUAUCGACCUUUGGACAAUCGUCCUCACCCACAAACCUUCGAUCUCGACUUGGAUCUCAAUCCAGAUCUAUGA